CCCACACUGUUAGACUGGCUGCCAUACCCUUUCAUUAUAAUAAACAUGGGUGCUGUAGUUUAUUUUGAGUCAGUCCUGUCCUGCUUCCAGGGACUCUUGCUAGAGCACCACCAUCAAUCAGCUGCUGCCUCAUCCUGGAAGACAUCUACUCUGCUAUAGAACAUUGUGUAAAAUGGUCUUUGGAGGUAUAACACAUCUGUGUGUGUACAGUAUAUAACGAAUGAAUGUGUGUGUGUUAGGUACAAGGAGAGCCACGUGGUGACAGCACGGGCCACUGUGACGGUGAUCCACCCUGAGCUGGGCUGUCUGAUCAGCUGUAUAGAGCUGCAGAAGUAUUCCAUAAUACUGCUGUAUGCAGAGGAAGGAUGUAGUCCAGUGGGCAGUGUGAAAGCCAGGGCAGACUCCCCAGACCUCCAGCGCUGUUUCUUUCAGCUCAGUGCUCUGGGAAUGGAUCCUGUUAUCCUGCUGGGGGGAUUCUCAGCCUUCCAUGCCCUCUACCCUUUCCUGUGCACACGACGCAUGGUCCUGCUUGAACCUGAGCGACACACCCUCACCAUCUACCCUUCAGAAAUCCUGGAAGGAGCUCUCUACCAGGGCUCUGCCUCCCAGGCUUCAGACUACCGCAUCAUCAAGAACCUGCACAUCACACACGUGGUCAAUGCCACUGCCAACAGCCCUGACGCUUUCCCCAACACGUUGUGCUACCUGCGGCUGCGUCUGAGCGAUGACGCCCAGCAGGACCUGGUUGAAGCACUGCCGCUGGCAUCCAGGUUCAUCAACACGGCUCUGAAGGCCGAGCCAGCUGGCCGCGUCCUGGUUCACUGUAGCAUGGGCAGGAGUCGCAGCUCAGCACUAACGCUGGCCUUCCUCAUGGAGCACCGGCGCUGGUCACUGCUUCACGCCCUCCGCUGGCUGAAGGAGAGGAGGGCUUGCACGGCACCCAACGUGAACUUCCUGCGUCAGCUGCUGACCUAUGAGGAGCAGCUGUUUGGGAGCAGACUCACCUCCCUGGACGACAUCCGCCGAUGACUGGAGUAAGAGUGGGAGUAGAAAGGAGGACACACUGGAUUUUUUUUUUUUUUACAGUUCAUAUUGAGAGAAAUGUAAAAUAAGCUGAGACUAAGCAAACAGAAGUGGAUUUUGUGCUGCAAGAAAGACUCUAAAAGACUGGAUAGGAGUAUUUUUCCCACGAGUUUGACAUUAACCUUGCUUCACCAUCAAACCCCACACAGUGUUUCUUGUGCUAUGCCCCAAUACCAACAGUAAUCAUACAGAUGUUUCAUUUUGUGACCUCUGUAUGACUCAGUAUAAUAUAAUCCCUGUUAUGACAUUUUGCUUGUUAAUAGUUGAUAGAAUAUGUAUAUUAAUAAAGUGUAUUUAUUACGUUUUACAUUAAAAAGGUUUCUUUUUUCUUUGGUUUUAUCCCAC